AUGGCUCACUCGAAUCAUGCCCCCAGACAAAUGACAACUUCGAGCCUAAGUUCUAGUCGAGGCCAGUCUGGUGUCGCUCACGACAAGGUCUUUCAUACAGUGACAGCGUGCAGGAAAACAAAAUGUGACACCGGUCUACCACGAUGCGACCCCUGUGAGCGAAACAGUGCCAAAUGUGAAUACUUUGAUGCAAGCAAGAAACGAAUCAUCCCGAGAACUUACAUCACCUCUUUACAGUCAAACAUCAGGCAACUCCAGGCGGAGCUGGUUGCCCUGGAGAAAGAAGAAAAGCAUGUGCCGGAUGCGGAGGCUAUGAUACGUGGUGCAGGCAUGAUCAAGUUCAAUGAGAAUGAUGAGUAUCGGUUUCUGGGACCAUCCAGCGGCAUUGGCAUCACACGGCUAGUUAUGGAGCUUGCGAAGCACAACACCGUGAAGAAGAGCAUAAGAGAAAUUGUGCCAGAUUCUACGGCACGAGAAAUCAAGCAGAAGUUCGACAGCGAGAGUGGAAAGCCAACAUCCAAAGUGUAUCCUCUGAUUAGCUCUGUAGCAGCGCCAAACCUACCGACACACGAUUUGAUGGAUCAACUAGUCGAUAUAUACAUGGCCAAAGCUCAAUAUAUGUUACCUCUACUCCAUGAACCAACCUUCAAACACGCUAUCCGAACUGUGUAUCAUGGGUCCGCGGAUGCCACUUUGAAUUUUCAAUUGAGACUCGUCAUCGCGAUCAGUAUGCAGAAACUUGACACUCAAUACGCAGGCCUUGCAGAUUCGUAUUAUUUGUCCGCUCUCCCUUACCUCGAGUCCGCCGUACGGAAGAAAGAUCUUUCGACGUUGCAAUGCCUAGCACUCAUUGCUCAAUACUCGGUGCUGACGCCUACCAGGACGGCUUCAUAUUGGGUCGUUGGUCUUGCCGCUCGACUCUGUCAGGAGCUGGGGUUGUGUGAGGAGAGGACUAUCAAGGACGGGCCACAAGGUAUUCAUUUCAACACCCUUGAAGUAGACAUGCGCAGACGACUAUUUUGGAUCAUCACCUCCAUGGAAUAUGGUUUAGCGCAUACCUUGGGAAGACCGAGUGCGUUUGGUACUACAGUCGACCAUAUCAACGUCGGCUUCUUCGAGCUUUGCGAUGACCGCUUCAUUACCCCUGAAGGACUCCUCCCGGGACACCAGCCUGUGAUGAAGAAAUGCAUUUCGAUUCAUUUCUUCAAGAUGAGGCUGCUGCAGGCUGAGAUCCGUCGGACCUUAUACCUCAAGAAACGCGAUAGACCGGUCAACGAUCAGGACCCGUGGUUCAAUAGCAUGCAGUGCAAAAUAGAUGAUUGGGUGGCAAAUUGCCCCAAGAAUGACGAGGGCAGUGGAGUCAGCGAGCGUUGGUUCCGCUCAAGACGAAACACGAUGAUAGUCUUCCUCUAUCGACCUUCGCCUCAAGUACCAGAGCCAUCGGAGCAGGCAGCGGAGAUGUGCUUUGACGCUAGCGUUGAAAACAUCCAUAUGCAGAGCACACAGAUUGCUACUAAAUCUGUUGACUUGACAUGGAUCUUCACCCAGAUGCUCUUCAUGGGCCUAAAUACAAUUCUGUGGUCUCUUUCAUACCACGCAAUACGUCGGCAUCAUCCCAUAGAGACAGUCAAGGUCCACAUUGACACAGCGCUCGAUGCCAUUAACCACACGUCAGAGAGAUGGCCUGGUGUUCAGUCAGCUUUGCAACUGUAUCAAAACCUCAUUGAAGGAUGCCUGACGGCUUACUCAGGUGACGCAUCGUACGUUGUUCGAUCUCCGCCAUCAACACAGGAUGAGUCAACCCUGUCUUCGCGAGCUCCAUCUCACAGUCCUGCCAGCCCUCAACCCCCAUCCUUGGCUGCUUCACAUUUGUCUUUGGCCUGUUGCGAGUCCUACGAUGGAUCUUACGUGAACAUUCAAAAUACGCGCUCGACACCGUCAGACGGGACAGACUCUUUCGAGGAUCUAGGAAAUGGUACUAAUCUGAGUGAUCCCUCGGGUACGAAACAGAGCCAACAAUACGCUACUCCCGGCUCGAAGCUAUCCACUUUCGAGCAAUCAUCGAUUUUGGCUACACCAAAUGAUGAGCCUAUUCAUCAGUCCGGUGUGCCACUCGCUCAGAAUUAUGGCAUGCCUGACUUCAAUCCGAAUUCGGUCAACAAUGCUUUUCCGGCUACAAUACCUGGCCUCACACAUUGGGGCUCGGACAUGACUACGGUCUCGUCCGGAUCAGACUUUGCGGGAUACAAUGAUGUGGCGAUGGAUACAAAACCCUGGCUGGGCUCAUUUGGAGAUGAGUAUUCUCGGUAUAUGCAUCAAGCUUACAACCCUCCGCAACAACAGAUGCAAAGUUUGAGCGAGCAACAACAGCUUGAGCUGAUGGCUGCGCUCGAACGAGAUCAACUUCCAGAUGUGUCGAACCGGAUGAGCGACGCAGCCAUUUUCUACACUGGGAACAUUCUCUAG